AUGGGUGUCAUCAAGAAGAAGACAGGCACGCGGGGCACGGAGGGCGGGACCAAGUAUGUUUGCGAUGUUUGUUCAUCCGAUAUCACGUCGACCGUCCGCAUACGCUGCGCCGAGGACGUCUGCAACGAGUACGACCUCUGCGUGCCCUGCUUCUCCGACGGCAAGGCUUCGCGAGACCACCAGCCUGCCAAGCACAAAUUCAAAGUUAUAGAACAACACUCAAUACCUAUAUACACCGAAGACUGGGGAGCGGACGAGGAACUGGCCCUGCUGGAAGGCGCUGAAACAUACGGUCUGGGAUCAUGGGCAGACAUUGCGGACCACAUAGGCGGCUACCGCGAGAAGGACGAGGUCCGUGACCACUACAUCAACACAUACCUAGACAGCCCAAGCUUCCCUCUGCCUGAGCACUGCAGUAAGGAUGAUACCGAGCUCAGCACCCGCAUACCACGUCAUGAGUUCCAGGCGAGGAAGAAGCGGAGGAUAGAGCAGAAGAAGGAGGAAGCUGCAGGCCGCGAGCCCGAUGCGCCGAAGCAGAAGCCCACGGCGAGUGUUCCCGCCUGCCACGAGGUCCAAGGAUACAUGCCCGGUCGUCUAGAGUUCGAGACGGAAUACUUCAACGAGGCCGAAGAGGCUGUGCAGCACAUGCAGUUCGACCCCGGUGAUGGCUUGAACCCAAGGACGGGCGAGCUCGAGCCGGAGAUGGACCUCAAGAUGACCAUCAUGGAGAUCUACAACCACCGUCUAGAUGCCCGAGUGGAGCGCAAGAAAAUAAUAUUUGAGCAUCAGUUGCUCGAGUACCGCAAAAAUCAGCUGGCCGACAAGAAGCGGACAAAGGAAGAGAAAGAUCUGAUGAACAAGGCCAAGCCCUUUGCCAGGAUGAUGCAACAUGCAGACUUUGAGCAGUUCUGCAAGGACCUCGAAUACGAGCACAACCUUAGACAGGCCAUCUCGCAACUUCAAGAGUGGAGGAAUAUGCAGAUCACGAGCCUCAAAGCCGGCGAGAAGUAUGAACAGGAGAAGCAGCAACGGCAAACCAGACCGCCUCCCAUUGGGCAGUUCGAUCGUCUUGCGUCCAGUAGGAUGACCAAGCCGCAACCGCCUUUUGAACAGCCCUCUGCAGCGACAGCAUUGCUUGCACAGGAGCUGCCUUUGCACGUCAAGCAGAACAGCGGUCUUACUACGCCACCUCCUGAUCGCGCACAGAAUGGCGUCAAUGGUGCAAACGGCGUUCUGACACCUCAGCACUCCAAGACAAAGUUCGUGCCUAAGUCGCUACCGAACACUGUACCCUUGAAGUUCGGCAAGGAGUCAAAGGCGGAUCUUCAGCUCCUCAAUCCAGAGGAAGUGGAGAUAUGCAGCACACUGCGCAUCAUGCCCAAGCCCUAUCUAGCGCUCAAGGAAACCAUUAUUCGAGCGGCUCUAAACAACGGCGGCGCGCUUAAGAAGAAGACGGCCCGUGAGAUUUGUAAGAUUGACACAAACAAGUCGUCGCAACUGUUUGAAUACUUUGUACACAGCGGAUGGAUAGCGAGGGCAUGA